AUGUUGUCUCGAGUCGCUCGUCAGAAGAAUGCCAUUCUCCUGCUGCGGCAGUCGCAUGGGCAUCGCGUCUUGCCCUCUUUGACAGCGUUGAGAUUCCAUGCUCAUUCCAGCAGAUCGGUAUCACUAGCAAACUCGUCCGCCAAUUCUUCACAGGAAAGAUUCCGUCGACCCUCUUUUCAAGCCAACCGAACUCUCGCCACUGCCGCUGAUCAAUCCGCAAUCGAGCAAGGGUCAUAUGUAUCCUUCGACGACACCUCCUACGCACCCGAACAUUACUACGACCCGUCACAGCAAUGGUCUCAUUUAUUCCCCACGCUUCCUUCGCAAGAGCUCGACCCGUCGUCGCUGAUCAUCAUGGGCGACUCCCUCCAAACAAAGCCUAAAGUACUUCGCAAAGUUAGAGGAAUCGGCGGUGAUGAGGAUGAGAUGCUGGCCAACCUGGACAUCUCGUUGAAGGUCGGGAGGUUCGAUCGAGCAGCGACGCUCGUUAACCGGCUGGGACAACAUUACCCCAUCGGUUCGCCUGAAUAUCUGGCACUUCACAAUCGCUACCUUGAGAAAAUGGUAUCGCAUAUGAUUGUGACAAGGCAGCAAAGUAUGGUGCUGCCCAUGCAAAGGUGGUUUGAGCUCGACAUGCCGAAUGGAGGUGUAAAACCUGACGCGACGACAUACGCAAUUAUGAUCCGUAUGGCGCUGCGUAUGCUUCAUGGCUCAAAGCGGGACAGAGCAGUACGGCGCUACUGGCAGUUUGCCAAGAAGGAUAAUGUCGAAGAGGAGGUUCUGGCAGUUCCUGUUCUCUCAGAGUUAGAACUUGGAGAGCUCUCAGAGAUUUGCUCGUCGGAUCUCCAGCGCGUUGCCAUUGGCAGCAUGGGAUCUGAAACCGCACUCGAUUCCACUGUGAGCCCGCAAGCUGAUGUCAUGGCUGAUGUUAGACCUGUUGAGCAGAAGGGUCUCGGACUUUCAUCGUUGAAGCAGUCCCUUUCUCUGUUUCUGAACGAAUCCAGUUCUGCAAUACCGACAGAUCCGGAGCAGAAAGCGGUAUACGAUGAGCUCAGACAGCGACAACUGGAAUCCGACUCGAUUCGCUCGGCGAUGGACCGAUGGAGGCAAGAAUUCGAUGAUAGACAGAAAAUGGGACUUGAUGUUACGGCUGGUGGGAAGAAACUGGGCUCAGUCAUGAAUCAGUGGCACUCUAGCCUCGUUGCUAGGAUUAAGGAGGAGCUUGAUCUCGUGGCUGAAGCCGAGGCCAACCCUAUUCGAACCCGUGACCAGAAAGGGCGCUGCGAAUAUGGUGUAUAUCUACGAAGCCUUGAUACGGACACCUUGGCUGCACUCACCAUUCUCGCUGUCAUGUCUACUUUCAGCAGGGGUGGUAUGGAGAAGGGACUGAAGGUGUCCGCGGUUGUUUCAACAAUUGGGAAAGAUCUUCAGGAUGAGUUGAUCGCCGAGGCUGCCUUGAAGAAACAGGCUGGUGCCGAUGCUCGACGAGCCAAAGCACUGAAAGAAAUGCUUGCUCAGCGCAGGCAAAAGGAUGGCCGGACACGGUGGCAAGCCAUGGUCUACAAGAUGCAGCAAGAGGAUUCCACCAUUGUGUGGCCACCGCGAGUGAUUGCAAAGGUUGGAGCUGUGCUGAUGAGCUUGUUGUUCGAAGUUGGCAAGGCACCGGUCACCAUGGAGGAUCCCGAAAACAAGAAGAAGAUGGUUACAAUGCAGCCUGCAUUCCAGCAUGCGUACCAGAUCACAUGGGGAAGACGCACAGGCUACCUUCACCUGCACCCAGCCAUUGUCAAGAUUAUCGCCAAGGAGCCCACUGCUGAUCUAUUGGGUCGGCAUCUCCCCAUGGUCUGCAAGCCCCGGCCAUGGAAGGGCUCAAAGGACGGAGGCUUUCUGCUGUACCAAUCCGAUCUUGUGCGUACGACACCUGGUGAGAGUCUCCAGCCUACAUAUAUCAAGACCGCUUUGGAAAACAACGGUCUCGAGGAGAUCCGUCGUGGUCUGGACAACCUUGGUAGCACUGGGUGGGUUGUCAAUCGCGACGUCCUGAAUGUCAUGCUUGAGGCCUGGAAUUCUGGAGAGGCAACUGCGAAUAUUGCGCCUUUGGAACCCGAUCUGCCCCUUCCGCCCAAGCCGGCUCCGGAAGCGGGAUAUGAGGCGGAGAAGGAGUGGGAUGUGCUGGUUCGUGAUAUUGAAAACAGGAGAUCCGGGUUGCACUCGAUGCGUUGUUUCCAAAACUUCCAAAUGGAACUCGCUCGUGCUUACAGGAAUUCAACCUUCUACCUCCCUCACAACAUGGACUUCCGUGGCCGUGCUUAUCCCCUUCCACCGUACCUCAACCAGAUGGGUGCGGACAACUCUAGAGGCCUUCUCCUCUUCAGUGAGGCCAAGCCGCUGGGUGCCAGCGGUCUCAAAUGGCUGAAGAUCCAGAUUGCCAACCUGUCUGGUUUUGACAAGGCCAGCCUUUCUGAGCGCGAGCAGUUCGCUAUGGAUCAUCUGGACGAUGUGCUCGACUCGGCCGACAAGGGUCUUCAUGGAAAACGCUGGUGGCUCAAGGCAGAAGAUCCCUGGCAGUGUCUGGCUGCUUGCUGUGAACUGAGAAACGCUCUUCGUCACCCCGACCCCACUCAGUAUCCUUCCCGCCUUCCCAUUCAUCAGGACGGUUCUUGUAACGGAUUGCAGCAUUAUGCAGCGCUUGGAGGAGAUAGCAUUGGUGCUCAGCAGGUCAACCUCGAACCCUCUGACCGCCCAUCCGAUGUCUACACUGGUGUUGCCGAAUUCGUCAAGAAGGCGGUUGCACGCGAUGCUGCUCAAGGCAAUUCCACCGCCAAGAUCCUUGAGGGAAAAAUCACGAGAAAGAUCGUCAAGCAGACGGUCAUGACUAACGUCUACGGUGUCACCUUUAUGGGCGCUAUGAGACAAGUUCGUAAGCAGCUGAUCGACCACUAUCCGGAGCUGUCUUACGAAGAUAAGAAGCAAGGUGCUCUGUACAUUGCUCGCAAGAUUUUCGAGGCGCUGGGCUCGAUGUUUAAUGGUGCACACGAGAUCCAGCAUUGGCUCGGAGACUGCGCAAGUCGUAUUACCACAUCCCUGGCGCCGGAGCAGAUUGAACAAAUCGCGAAGGAUGCCCUUACACCUUCCAAGGAAACCACAACUACCAAGGUCAAGGAUCCUUCCGAGAAGUUCAGAUCCACCGUUAUCUGGACCACCCCUCUUGGGUUGCCUGUCGUGCAGCCUUAUCGUGUCCGGAAGGCUCGGCGCAUUCAGACCACCCUCCAAGAUCUCAGUAUCGUCGACACCAACUCCGAGGACGUCGUCUCCAAGCGCAAGCAGCUGCAGGCUUUCCCACCCAAUUUCAUCCAUUCCCUCGACGCAACGCACAUGAUUCUGUCUGCCAAUGCUUGCAGCCGGGCUGGUUUGACUUUCUCGGCGGUUCACGAUUCGUUCUGGACGCAUGCUUGUGAUGUCGAUUUGAUGAAUGACAUUCUCCGGGAGGCAUUCGUUCGGAUGCACUCGGACGACAUUAUCAAGCGACUUGCCUCCGAAUUCCAAGUCCGUUACGGCCAGAACCUGUUCCUUGCGAAGGUCGAUGUCGGCACGAAGAUCGGGCGAGCAAUCCGGUCCCUGCGGAGAACCGAGAAGAAGAGAGCCGGCAAGCUGCAGGAGCUCCUGGAGGAGUACAAACGGCAACAGCUUUUGAGAUCGGAUGAUCCAGAGCUGCAAGCGCAAGGACGCGCCAUGGUCACUGCGUGCAGUGUAUUCGAGAAGCUUGGUGGUACCGACGAAGAUCUGGCAAUUGCGAGCACCCUCGGUGAGGCCGCCGUCGGACAUAUCCCGGAGGAUCUGGCUGCGGCGGAGCGGAAGAUGCCGGGUCUGGGCAUCGACACAUCGGACCCAGCGAUCGAGUCACUGUUUUCGGAUUUCCAGGACCUGGAGCCGAAGACCGGCGAGACGGACAAGGCCCCUGCCGCCGAGCUCGACGACGAGGCCAUGGAUGCCCAGGAUGGCGCUGCGAAGAAGAAGCCGGCGCGAAACUACGUGUGGCUCUGGCUUCCCCUGCGGUUCCGUGAGGUUCCUACCAAGGGCGCCUGGGAUCUGACUCGCAUUCGGGACAGCAAGUACUUCUUCUCGUAA